CUCUCUUCCCCGAGCCUGUUCUCAUUCCACUUGACCGUCAUUUUCCCGGGAAAAUGCCCAAGAAACACAGCAGGGUUCCAGAGGUCUUAUGGCGUCUAUUUCGUAACAGAGCUCGCUCGUUGGCAGAGACGAUAGUAUCGCUGCUUCCUCCUCCGCCUCCUUCGCCGAAGGACUGCCUCUGCAAGGGGCUGCAUUGCCUCGGCUGCUCCACUGACCCCAGCUCGUUUCUUCUCAGACCUGAUGACCCUUCUGACUACCGCAAACUCCUCACUCACUGCUUCGUUGUCGUCUCUGACAAUGCACCUUCAUUCUCACUGUUCAUCCCUCAUUCUCGCUGGUCUCAAAAUGAGAUUGUGAGAAGGACCAUUGAAAUGAUGGCUUGCGGAAAACAACCGGUUUCAGCAGUUAGCAAUGUGCUAUGCUCUGGUUAUACUAAGAGUAGAUGUUUCAGCCCCAUAUUGGAUCUUCUAUCUUGUUCACCUUGGGAUGUUCUAUUGAAUAGGGUUGGGGAUGAUUUAAUGAUUUACCUAUUACGGAAUACAUCAAUAUUCUUGCCAGUUUCCCACAUGAAAUACCAUCAGGUGGCUGGUCCUUCUGUUAGUGGUCUGUGCCAUAAGAUGUCCAAGUGCUCAUCAAAAUUUGACUCCCGGAUGAAUUCACUUCCUCAAGGUGGAUGUUGCCAUGAUGAUUUUUGGUUGCAAUUUUUUUUCAGAAAUGCAGAGGAAAAGAAAAAGACUGGUGAUAUUGACUCAACAACAGGAAAGAGGAAAUGCUGUACUUCUGUCAAUGACAAUGAUCCUGCAAGCCUUGUAAGUGGUCUUGACAUCAUCAGUGUGAAGUCUUCAAUGCCACUGAUCAGGAAUCAUGGGACAAGGCAUAUGCAGACAAGUUUUGCUAGCGUUCCAAAGUCAACAAUAGGAACUGAGUCUUGUAAACAUAAAGCGGAGUCAGAAGGGGGGAAAAGCUCAAAUUAUGUUGCUGGUAGGCUUGGAAAGCGUUCAAGGCCAUUUAGAUGGCACCGCAUUCGAAGGCAGAGGCAAUCAAACUUCAGUGAAGAUGGUGUGCAUACCCAGGGCAAUAUGUUUCCUACUGAAGAAGACUGCUUACCUGGAGGUUUACAUUGCAAUGAAACCAGCUUAGGCAAUCAAGAAAAGAUGCCAUGGAAAUGUCCUUGUUGUUCAAUCUUGCAAUCAGUUCCAACUUUUCCCAAGAGGAUUGAGAUAAACAGACAAUCAAUCUUCUAUAACUCAGAGCCUGCCUUGUCAGUUCUUCCUAAGAGGCACAUAUUAAAUUUUUUAAGUCCAAAUUUGGUCGGUUCAGAGCAUCUCAUUAAAGAUAUUUUUGGCAUUUCUGAUGUGGAUGUCAAAGCUCUGUCAACGCAUUGCUUCCACAGCAGUGGGUCUUGUCUCACUGGAUCUGCAUGCCUGUAUCACUCCCUUGUUAGGUGGCUUAAGCAUGUCAUACGCAGGAGCCACUGUUGCCAAUAUGAAAAACUCUUGGAGAAGCAUUGUGCUGUUCCAUCAUGUGAUCAAGAUCCAGUUGGAAGAUCUAGCUCCUCCCUUCAGAGAAAUGUUUCAAAGACCAGAGGGCAAAAGAAAUUUCACGGUUUUGAUAGAAAUCAGUUCAUGGAUUCUCUGGAAGUAAUUGAUUCACGACAUGAUGCUGUGAAAUCUUAUUGCUCAAAAAGUCAGGUGGUGUCUUACAUCUGGGCUGUCUCUAGAAGUAUGCUACCCCCAGAAUUGUUAGGUGAUCCUUCUCAUUGGAGGAUACUGACUAGAAACAUUUCCAGGUUUAUACGCCUAAGGAGGUUUGAAAAGUUCCCUUUGAAGCUAUGCAUGCAUAGAUUGAAAACAUCAACACUUCCAUUCCUUUCAACCAAAUAUUUCUCAACUCGGAAUGCUUUUCCAAAAUAUAAUGGACAAAAUGCUGGCCUGCACAAAGAAUUUAUAAAUUUGAAUAGUACUCUGUAUGUUAUCAAACGCAAGCUUCUAGAAAGGUGGAUCUUUUGGUAUUUCUCUUCCCUGGUUGUGCCUUUGGUUCAAGCAAACUUCUAUGUUACUGAAAGUGAGCAUGGGAAACAAGAUGUAUUCUAUUAUCGGAAAACAAUUUGGGAGAAGUUGACAAGUGACACAAUUACUUGCUUGAAAGAUCAGAGAUACAGUUACCUGGAUGAAGUGGCUGUCAGGAAUAUUCUCAGAGACAGAGCAUUUGGAUUUUCGAAGCUCAGAUUAAGGCCAAAAGAAAAUGGAGUAAGGAUGGUGGCUAAUCUUAGUGGUUCUUCUAGAAUGCCCGCCUCCACAUCUUCCAGAAAAGUUCAGUCUUUUAGAAAGUUGAGAAAAGCAAAUCCUUGUAAAAAUAAAUUUGAUUAUUAUCAAUCUGUGAAUUCUGUUCUUCGUGAUGCUCAUACUAUUCUGAAGGACAUACAAUUCAGGGAACCUGAGAAGCUAGGUUCAUCAGUUUUUGAUUACAAUGAUGUUUAUAAAAAACUAUGCCAAUUUUUUAUUUGCCAGAAGGAAGGAUCAAAAACCAUACCGGAUUUUUUUGUUGUCACUUCUGAUGUAUUAAAAGCAUUUGAUUCUGUUGAUCAGGACAAGCUGCUAAGUGUUAUUAGUGAUGUUCUACCAAAACGUGAAUACUUUCUUAAACAGUAUGAUCAAGUUGUUAGCACAAAGAAAUCUUUGUGGGUUCGCAAGCUUCUCAGCGUGCUUGAUGAAAGUAUGAGCAUUGGCUGCAAAAGGUUCACCUCACCUGCUUCGUACUGUUCCAUGCAUACCAUCUUUGUUAGUGAGGGGAGUGUCAAGCAUGUGGAAGAUAGAGUGCUCCUAUCAUAUAUUAAGCAGCACGUGAAGAACAAUAUUUUGCAGUUGGAAGGAAAAUUUUACUUGCAAGGUGUUGGUAUUCCCCAAGGAGGUAUUUUGUCUUCACUGCUUUGCUCCUUAUACUAUGGACAUUUGGAGAGGCAUGUGAUCUUUCCAUUUCUCGAAAAAACUGUUGAAUCUGGCAGUUGUAAGGAAGAAUGUGCUUUGAACAGGAGCAGUGAUAACAAAGUCUCUUCCCCAUGUUAUAUGUUAAUCCGACUAAUUGAUGAUAUUCUUUUUAUUUCAACUUCAAAAGAACAAGCAUCUGGCUUUUUCUCCAGGCUGCAAAGAGGAUUUCGUGAUUACAACUGCUACAUGAAUGAUAAAAAGUUUGGAGUCAACUUUGAUGUUGGACAGAUGUCAGGAUCCUCAUUGAGGGUCCAAGUUGGUGAAGAUGGCAAUUCAUUUCUUUGCUGGAGUGGUCUUCUUAUAAAUCGCCGUACUUUGGAAGUUCAGGCAGACUAUACAAGGUACUUAAAGGACCAUUUGCGCUCAACACUUACUGUCUCCUGGCAAGGUAAACCGGGCCUUCGCCUUCAGGAAAGACUUUGUGGCUUUUUGGCACCUAAAUGCCAUCCUAUAUUCUUUGAUUUGAAUAUCAAUUCAGCAGCUGUGGUCAGGUUGAAUAUCUAUCAGUCAUUUUUGUUAUGUGCAAUGAAGUUUCAUUGUUACAUCUGUGAAUUAUCAAUCAUCUGCAAACUUCACAAGAGAUUUUGUUUAAACAGCAUUGAAAGAUCUAUCAGUUAUCUGUAUGGACUCAUGAAGAAGAGGAUGCAUUCCAUGGUUCUUCACUGUAAUUUUCGGCCAAUUCUGAAGUUGGAGAAGGAUGAAGUUGAGUGGCUUGGGCUUCAUGCUUAUGCACAAGUUCUAGAAAAAAAGCAAUCACGUCAUAAAGAAUUGCUGGCCAUUCUGAGGUCAAGGUUGCAUUCACAUAAAAUAUCUUCAAGUGUGUCUCCUGACCUUUUGCAUGCAGUCAAGGCAUCAAAUUCCUCUGUACUUUGGAAUAUCAAGUACUGAUUUCUUACAGAUUUCAGCAACAGAAGAUUGUUCUUUUGGUUGUUUCACUCAAAUAUUGGAGUGGGUGGAAAAGGAACUUGGUGAGAUGGAUAAAAAUGGUGUGAUGGAAAAGGGACUUCAAGAAAAUUAGUGGCUGGAAAAUGGAUAUUUAUAGCACUUGACUGGAAUAUUGAGGUUCAACGUCUUUAUGGUGAGACUAACAAGUUACAACUAUGUUAAUUGGCUUGCAAAGACACAUGAUAUACCAUUGACAGUUAAUUUUGUUGUUUUUGUGCUGUGUCUUUUCAGUGUAGGUGAUUGAUUGGCUUAAAGAAAAAUUGGUUGUUAUAUUUUGCCAUUUUGUGUAGUUUUGUCGUUCCUUUCACUCCUUUUUUUAAGAAAAAAGAUGGAAGAAAAUUGAGUGAUUGAGUUUAGUAAUUUUUUAGUAAUUUUGGUAAAAGCUCUUUUUAUUUUGCUUUUGGAAGAGAUUUGAGUGGUUGAUUGACUUGAGGAAAAAUUGGUUGUUAUAAUUUGCCAUUUUGUAUGGCUGUCAUUCCUUUCGCUCCUUUUUCUUUUUUUUUAAAGAUGGAAGAAAAUUGAGUGAUUGAGUUUAGUAAUUUUGGUAAAUGCUCUUUUUAUUGUGCUUUUGGAAGAGAUUUGAGUACUUCGACAAGAAUUGUUUGAUAGCUGAUUAGUUCAUAUAAUCUCUUCAGCAAAUUAAGAGUAGUUUCUAGGAACAUAAAGAUGGCUGUA